CUUGUCCUUUCUAUGGAGAAGUACCAAAUGUUUUUCCCUUCUUCGUCUGCAGGGCAGUCAAGUAAUUACGAUCCCUUCUCAAGAAACAUGGAAAUCUCUAAUGUUUUUCAUAAUUCUCAUGGGGAGUGUUCGAGAGCAGAAGCUAAUAAACAGUUUUCUCAUAGUGGAAGCUUUGCUGGGGAUGAUGAUCAAAGUGGGGUGAAAGCACCAGGAAAGAAGAAGGUGGCGGAGAAGAAGAUUAGGAAGCCUAGAUAUGCUUUUCAAACAAGGAGUCAGGUUGACAUACUUGAUGAUGGCUAUAGGUGGAGGAAAUAUGGCCAAAAGGCAGUAAAGAACAACAAAUUUCCGAGAAGCUACUAUCGGUGUACGUAUCAAGGAUGCAAUGUAAAGAAGCAAGUUCAACGCCUAACCAAAGAUGAAGGCAUUGUAGUGACUACUUAUGAAGGGGUGCACACCCAUCCGAUAGAGAAGCCAACUGAUAAUUUUGAACAUAUCUUGAGUCAGAUGCAUAUUUAUGCUCCUUUUUGAAGUUGACUCAAUUGAUCAUCAUGUAACUUUAUA